AUGAAUCAGUAUUUCGCAGAUCAUGAUGCUCCUUUGAGCAUGCUUUCUGUAAAAACAGAAUAUUUUCCUCAAUUGACUGAAAAAGAGCAAAAAUAUGCACAUUUCAUGUCAAAGGCAUCCCACGCAGGUUCAAGGGUGGUGAUGAGACAAGUCUCUCAUGAAACUGAACCGAUCUUUGACCUAGUCCUUGCUAUUCACGCAAACUUAAGUGGUCAGUACCCAGUGGACGAUAGUACUGAAAAGCAACAAACGGAAUUCUAUCUAGAAUACGUAUCUCAAUUUUUAUCCAAUUUGGGUAAUUACAAAUCCUUUGGUGACAGUAAAUUCAUUCCUCGUUGUGAAGUGGAAUUCUUCCAAAAACUUUUGAAGUUGGCGAAAAUCGACCCUUCUUCAUCUCCGUCGACCUUGUCGCCUGCAGACGUCAACCAUAACUUCACAUCUCAUAAACUUUUCUCCACUAUCAAUGAGUUGGUCGCGGUUGGUGUCUACCACGUGGACGAAAAGGCUGCUCUCUUAGGGUUCCCUUCUCAAGGUUACACUUCAGCAUAUUAUCUGGGUCAACCUGUAACACCUGAAGAUAUGGCCCUCUUAAAAGAGCAACUAUUCGCAGAACUUGCCAUCUUGCCUGAGAAUACAAGAAUCAAAAAAAUCGAUGAUCGAUCUUUUCAAAUCUGGGUUGCUUCUGAGAAUGUUAAAAACGAAAUAGCAGAGACCUAUCCUAAUGGACAGAUCAUAUUGCUCAAUAAUACAACCAAAGUGGAAUUCAUAUUCGGUGACCACUCACGUGAGAUGCGUUUAAUAGCUUCGUACCUAAAAGAGGCUCAAAAUUACGCAGCCAAUGAUACUCAAAAAGCGAUGCUUCAAGAAUACAUCGACCAUUUCGUCACGGGCUCAUCGCAUUCUCAUAAGGAAGCACAAAAAUUAUGGGUGAAGGAUAUUUCUCCCAUCAUCGAAACGAACAUUGGAUUCAUCGAAACAUACAGAGAACCUUCUGGUAUAAUCGGGGAAUUUGAAUCAUUGGUUGCUAUUCAGAACAAAAAACGUACUGCCAAAUUUUCUAGUUUGGUUAACAACGCUGAAGAAUUUAUUUCGUUAUUACCGUGGUCUGAAGAUUAUGAAAAGCCGAACUUUAACCCACCAGAUUUCACCUCCCUAGAAGUUCUAACAUUCACAGGGUCGGGAAUACCAGCAGGUAUCAAUAUCCCAAAUUAUGACGAUGUCAGAUUAAAGAUCGGGUUCAAGAAUGUUUCUUUAGGGAACAUCUUGAGCGCGGCUGCCAAAAGCUCAUCUAAGCACCCACCAAGUUUCAUUUCCGCCGAAGAUCGUUUAAUUUUUGAACAGUAUCAGAGUGAAUCCUUUGAAGUUCAAGUAGGAAUCCAUGAAUUAUUAGGCCAUGGAUCAGGGAAACUAUUGACCGAAUUUACAGAUGGGUUCAACUUUGAUAAGGACCAUCCACCUUUGGGUUUGGACGGGAAUUCCGUGAAGACGUACUACAAGUUGGGAGAAACUUGGGGCUCAAAAUUUGGACAAUUAGCGGGUCCCUUUGAAGAGUGUCGUGCUGAAGUAAUCGCCAUGUUUUUGAUUACUAAUAGGAAGAUUUUGGAUAUUUUUGGUUUUCAUGAUGAGGAAUCUCAGGAUAAUGUGGUAUAUGCUGGGUAUUUACAAAUGGCCCGUGCAGGUCUAUUGGCGCUAGAAUAUUGGAACCCUAAAACUGGAAAAUGGGGGCAACCACACAUGCAAGCGAGAUACUCUAUCAUGAAAACAUUCAUGAAGCAUUGUAAAGACAAGAAUUUCCUAAAGUUGGAAAUCAACGACACGAUGGAUGACUUCACCAUCAAGUUGGAUAAAACUCUCAUCAAGACUGCCGGGCUUGAAUGUGUAAAGGACUACUUACAACAUUUACAUGUUUACAAAUGCUCAGGUGACGUGGAACAAGGUAGUAAGUAUUUUAUCGAUAGAUCAACUGUGACACCAGAUUUGGCCUCUUUGAGAGACAUUGUUGUUUCCAAGAGAUUACCAAGAAGGCAAUUUAUUCAGGCAAAUUCACAUGUCAAUGGCGAGAAUGUUUCUUUGGUAGAAUACGAAGAAACUCCGCGAGGCAUGUUACAAUCCUUCCUGGAUAGAGAACUGUAA